AUGGAAUUUUUCAACAAAUUUAUUAAAAAGAUAAGCGAUGACAAGCCCAAAGAUGAUGGCAAGGGUAAAGCUCCAUCCAAAGGAAGCACUCCGCCAUACUAUGGCACCAUCACUCCUGAUCCUAAUUUCAGCGCCAGCAGAGAUGCUGCUGCUUUACAGAGAGCCAUUGAAGCCAAAGGUGUGGAUGAGAGUGCCAUUACUGAGAUUCUAGCCAGAAGGACUAAUGCACAGAGACAGCAGAUUAAAGCAGCCUAUGAAAAUGACACUGGAAAAGACCUCGUGAAGACUUUGAAAUCUGUUCUGAAGUCCCAUUACGAAGACACGGUCGUGGCUCUGCUCAUGAAUCCAGCCCAGUAUGAUGCUUAUGAGCUCAGACAAGCCAUGAAGGGUCUGGGAACCAAUGAAAAGGUCCUGAAUGAAAUUCUGGGAACCAGGUCAAACCAUGAGAUUAGACUAUUGAAAACUGCCUUCAAAGAAGCAUAUGGAGCGGAGCUGGAGCACAAUAUUAAAGGCGACACUAGCGGGCACUAUGAGACUGCCCUACUUGCCCUGAGCAAGACAAGCAGAAGUGAGGACCAGGAUAUCGAUGAUGGACUGGCAAAAAGCGAUGCAAAGGCUCUUUAUGAAGCUGGAGAGAAGAAGAUAGGAACUGUGUACUCUGUCUUUAUUGACAUUCUCACAUCCAGGAGCGAAGCUCAACUAUGCAAAAUUUUCAAGCAGUAUGACAAACUUGGUACACAGGGCUUUCCAAAGGCUUUAGAACAUGAAAUGAAAGGAGAUGUGGAAGAUUGUCUCAUGACCCUGGUGAAAGCAGCAUGGAACAAGCCUGCAUACUUUGCUGAAAGGCUCCAUUUAGCUAUGAAGGGCGCAUGGGCUAACUGCAACACCCUGACCAGGAUCCUCGUGAGUCGCUCAGAGGUGGACCUCAAGAAAAUUUUGCAGGAGUACAAAAGAAUGUAUGGCAAAACCCUUCAAGAAGACAUUAAUGUCGAAACUAAGGGAGAUUAUGUCAAGAUUCUGCUCGCGCUGUGUGGUGACCACUGA